UUCCAGGCUAUUUCUUCUCCCGCGGUCCUUCAUUAACCCGUUUCUGAUUAUGUCCGCAAAAGCGGUUGAUGUAUAUUCCUACAUCUCUCUCCCUGGCUACUCAGUCCAAUUCGUAGUUUCACAUGAGAGUAUCACACACACCCAAGCGGAUAAUUUCAGCUGCCACCAUCUCGAAAUCGAAUCCUUGAACAUUUCCGGUACAUCCGACGCGAUUACCCAAUUCAAAUGGACUGUAUAUAAUCCCAACGGUGGGGCUAUUGCAUCCAAAUACAACGAUAUCCAUCUUGCAAACGGAAAACUGGAAACCGGGAAAAUAGCAUCUCCUGAAACCGAACCCCCCAUCAAAAUCUCCGACGUGAUUAUUACAUCCUGUAUCUACUCCGCCGGGCCCGGAAACGCCGGGCUCACCAACAGACACCAAUGCUCCAUCACAAUAACCUCAAUAUCAAACCGGCACUGGAUGAAGAGCGUCGCACCGCCAGGUUCUACAGCCGCGCAACUCCCCUUCUCACGCUUUGUUCUACCAUCACCUCACGAUUGCGGCAUGAACAGCCUACAAACAUGCGAAUCCAUACUCGCAGUCGCCGAUCUUGACAUGGUGCAUCAACUCAAGAAUUUCAUUCCUAACGCAAAUCAGUUUAAAGACACACCCGAUCAAUUCCUCCUUGACCAUCUCCGGGAGAUUGUAUAUGGAACCGCGAUUACACAGAAAGAAAGCAUAGCAACAAUGUUGGCGCUGGGGGCACGAUAUUUCGAACUCCGGCCUGCGAAACUACUACCCUUUUUUCAGAAAGCUUCAAACCUGCCUAAUGCUUACUAUUUCCACCACUCGUUGAUUCCUGGGAUAUCAUUUAGGGACUUUCUAAGUGAGGUGGUUGGGUUUCUGGAUGAGGAAAGGAUGGAGAUUGUGGUGCUACAUGUGAGGUAUGAUAAUAUUGUUGCCGAGUGCGAAAGACCUAGUAUGAGUGAAGUAUUCGAUAUGCUAGAUUCGACGUGCGAGAAAGUGAAGAACCCUCCGCUACGAUGGGAAGAUGGAACAUGUUUUUCGCGUUCUAUCGACGAGUUCCGGCAGUUAGGUAUUCGACUCAUUGUCCUUUUUGAGGCAGAGAAAUACGACUCCUACAACCCCAAAGCUUAUGCAACUCUCACUCCGACCCCCAUUUUGGAGUGCUUUGAAGCGAUGACAACAGAAGGGCAGGAAAGCACCGAUCUUACAGUCUUGCAAUGCCAGGCUACGAGCCAAGCUAUUGGGGAGGUUAUGAUCGAGAGUAUACGAAAUUCUAAGGCGGCAGGGAGUUGCUUGAUGAGUACCAAGGCGAGGAAUGAUAUGGUGCUGUUACCGUGGAUCAAAGAGAAUUUGGAGAAGAAGUUAAGAGCGGAGAGAUUGUGUGUUGUUAUGGAUGAUUGGGUAGAUGCUGGGUUGGUAGAUGUUUGUGUACAGAUUAGUCGGAGGAGGUUGGGUGUUGGUGGGUAGGGGUACAAAGUCGGGGCAAAUGCUUUUUUAUUGCGUUCUAGCUUGUCGCUGACCUUAUUACGCACUAUCACUAUUCUUUAACCCAAACGUACGAUGAUAGCAUUGCUAUGUCCCGAUUUGCUAAAGAAAGGCUGCUGGAGCUUCCUGAGGCAUUCUUAAUUUCACCCCAUAAUGUACAAUGCUGCAGUCUCGCCCCACUCAGUGGCAGAU